AUGGAAAAGCCACUAUCCCCUCUGCAACUCAGGUUGUCACAGCAGGUCUUUCUGUGGGUCGACAUGAUAGAUUUUGUUAAAGUUGGAAGAAGCGAGCUAGAUCAAGAGAUCCUAAGCAUUAUCUUUCAAGCCGAAAAUUCGGGGGAAGAAGUCUUUGAUUCGAUUGAUCUUGCAAAGAGGCUCUGUUCACCCCUGAUUACCCUCAAUGUGGCUAAGGGCAAGGGCGCCAGAAACCAGCGAUUCAAAAUUAGCUUCAUUCACCACACUGCAGCACAGUUUGUGCGUCAAAGCGCGAGUAGAAAAGCCGCAAACAAGGCCAUGGCGGUACCAACAAUACUGAGACCGCAGGCCCUCAAGGCGCUUUAUCGCGGAACUACUAGUGUUCGGUAUUUUGAAGAGUCUAUCAAAUGCACCCAGGCGUUGGACUCCCUUCGUUCUUAUCCCUCCCAGCCCCUCGGUGGGAUAGACACCUAUUUCGAAAUGGCCUACGGUCUAUGGAACGCCUUGUUCCUUGAAACAUUACCAGACUGUCUUGAUGAUGACGACCUAGUGCAGGCAUCCAUCUUGUGCAGUAAGCUAACUGAAUUUCUGCUCUCAAGACGAUGUCUCAGGUGGGUUGAGAUGGCCAUCAUCAUCAAUUACGACGGAGGUUUCACCAAUCUUUUCGAAAAUGUGAUCGAAGCGCUGUGUGCCGCAGAGAAGGCCCUCCAUGUCACAAAUCAAGAUAGCAUGGGCAAGCAGCUCACUGCUUUCCAAUCAUAUUCCAUUGCACGCAGACAAUUCUUUGCCGACUACGCCUACGUGAUCUUUUGUACCGGCCCCACGAUUGAGGAGAGCAGGGUGCUAACCGAGCCGGAUGGGUUUAGCAAUCGACCCGUGGCUACGGAUCUGAUGUUGUUGGGCCAAAAAUGGACGCAUUUGUACUCCUUACGUCGCUUUCCGCCACCCGCAGGCCGAAUAUGGGGAAAGCGACGUGACAAGUAUACGAGAUGA